CAAAACAACCGGUUUGCACAGAUUCCAAUGGCAUCCUGCGAGGCCUUUGAUUUUAUCUUUUGGAUAAUGCACUUCGACACCUCUACGUAUAUGCAGCUUUAAAGAUAGAUUGCAUUGUACUUCAAAACACAGUUCUGGUUUUGGCUAUAUUUGCUUCAACACUCCUAGGGGAAAAAAAAAGACAAGUGGGAAUUGUGAGUUUAUGGAAAUGGCUUCACUGAGUGAGGGCCUUACACAAGUUCUCAUCCCUGCAGCUGCUUUGGUGGGAAUUGUCUUUGCUUUAAUUCAAUGGUACUUGGUCUCUAAAGUUAAAGUCUCAAAUGAGCCUGGAAGUAAUGGCUACAAUGAUAGGCUGAUUGAAGAGGAAGAAUCCGAGGAAGGCGUUAACAGUCUUGAAGUUUCGAUCAAGUGUGCUGAAAUUCAGAAUGCCAUUUCUGUUGGGGCAACUUCUUUCCUGUUCACCCAGUACAAGUACCUCAGCGUGUUCAUGGGUGUAUUCAGCCUCAUCAUCUUCCUCUUCCUGGGUUCCGUCAAGGGUUUCAGCACCAAAAGUGAACCUUGCACUUAUAACACCGGGAAUGUUUGCAAACCAGCUCUGGCUAAUGCUUUCUUCAGCACCGUUGCUUUCUUGCUCGGUGCCCUUACUUCAACACUUUCGGGUUUUCUAGGAAUGAAAAUUGCUACAUACGCAAAUGCUAGAACUACUUUGGAAGCAAAGAAGGGUGUUGGUAAGGCGUUUAUUGCAGCUUUCCGCUCAGGUGCAGUGAUGGGAUUCCUUCUUGCUGCCAAUGGCCUCUUUGUGUUGUAUGUCUCAAUCAAUUUGUUUAAACUCUAUUAUGGUGAUGAUUGGGAGGGACUUUAUGAAUCUAUUACCGGUUAUGGUCUUGGUGGUUCCUCAAUGGCACUCUUUGGGAGAGUUGGCGGAGGGAUUUAUACUAAAGCAGCUGAUGUUGGUGCUGACCUUGUCGGGAAAGUUGAGCGAAAUAUCCCUGAGGAUGAUCCAAGAAACCCAGCUGUUAUUGCCGAUAAUGUGGGCGACAAUGUAGGAGACAUUGCAGGAAUGGGUUCUGAUUUGUUCGGCUCAUAUGCCGAGUCAUCUUGUGCAGCACUCUUUGUUGCUUCAAUAUCAUCCUUUGGUAUCAACCACAACUAUGCAGCCAUGUCUUAUCCCCUUAUUGUUAGCUCAAUGGGGAUCGUUGUUUGUUUGAUAACUGCACUUUUUGCAACUGAUCUGUUUGAGAUUAAGAGUGUAAAUGAAAUUGAACCAACAUUGAAGCGACAACUUCUUAUCUCGACUGUUUUGAUGACUGCUGGCAUUGCCAUGGUCACCUUCUUCGCUUUGCCAUCAGAAUUCACUCUCUACGAUUUUGGGACUGAGAAAACUGUAAAGAAUUGGUACCUUUUCUUCUGUGUUGCAAUUGGUUUGUGGGCUGGUCUUGCUAUUGGAUAUACCACAGAGUAUUACACAAGUAAUGCUUACAGUCCGGUGCAGGAUGUAGCUGAUUCUUGCAGGACUGGAGCUGCAACAAAUGUGAUCUUUGGUUUGGCUCUGGGAUACAAAUCUGUCAUCAUUCCUAUUUUCUCAAUAGCAGUUGCGAUUUAUGUGAGCUUUAGCCUGGCGGCUAUGUACGGAAUUGCUGUUGCUGCUUUGGGAAUGCUUAGCACCAUUGCCACUGGUCUUGCAAUUGAUGCUUACGGCCCUAUAAGUGACAACGCCGGUGGUAUUGCAGAGAUGGCUGGAAUGAGCCACAAGAUACGUGAAAGAACCGAUGCCUUGGAUGCUGCUGGAAACACCACAGCUGCAAUUGGCAAGGGUUUUGCAAUUGGAUCUGCUGCUCUUGUUUCCCUUGCUUUGUUUGGUGCCUUUGUCAGCAGGGCAGGCCUUAAAACAGUAGAUGUUUUGACACCAAAGGUCUUCAUUGGACUGAUUGUAGGAGCCAUGCUUCCUUACUGGUUUUCAGCCAUGACAAUGAAGAGUGUGGGAAGUGCAGCUCUCAAGAUGGUCGAAGAGGUUCGUAGGCAGUUCAAUACGAUUCCCGGGCUGAUGGAAGGCAGAGCAAAACCAGAUUAUGCAACUUGUGUCAAGAUUUCUACUGAUGCUUCACUCAGGGAAAUGAUCCCACCAGGUGCAUUGGUUAUGCUUACACCUCUCAUUGCCGGAACCCUCUUUGGAGUUGAGACUCUUGCUGGGGUUCUUGCUGGUUCACUUGUUUCUGGUGUUCAGGUUGCCAUUUCAGCUUCUAACACAGGAGGAGCAUGGGACAAUGCAAAGAAAUACAUAGAGGCUGGUGGUUCGGAACAUGCCAAAUCAUUGGGUCCAAAGGGCUCAGAUGCUCACAAGGCAGCAGUCAUUGGUGACACAAUUGGAGAUCCCCUCAAAGACACUUCUGGUCCAUCACUGAACAUCCUCAUCAAGCUCAUGGCAGUGGAGUCUCUGGUGUUUGCUCCAUUCUUUGCUGCUCAUGGUGGCUUCUUGUUCAAACUACUGUAACUUCAAAGCAUUUACUGAUUGCAGAUCCCAAUUCCGUCAGUAGCAGUGUAGCAGUAAAGUUGAUGCAGCCUUUUCUGUAACUACUAGUUCCAAAAUGUAAAGCUGAAACCCCAUCAAUCACUUUGCUACUGGUUCCACUUUUACUAUGAAUGAAUAAGUUAAUGCAUAUAAACUUACUUA